AUAAUAAAUGUAAUACUAAUAUUUUGCUGCAGCUCAAAUUCAAAUCAGUGUUGAGUAAUCAAGUUAGCUUAUUAGGCCGUAACUUGAAACAUAUCAAAGGUGGGCUGUGUUCAGCAAAUGAACCACUUUGUCGAGUGAAGACUGGUCAAGUUCAUAUCGCGGAGCAACUUUGUAUUUUGACAUUUUACACGUCACUACGCCGCUUCUGUCACUUUGCCGAUUCGACUGCCUUCGUGUCCGCUUUACUCUUAUUCGUCGUUCGCCUGUCUGAGUUGCUGUAACUUUCACUAACGCAAAUCACAUAAAACAUACACGCAGAAAAAUGGGCUCUGGCAAGCAACAAAAAGUGCAAUCAUCUGGUUUCACCAAGGAGGAGGAGCUGCUAUUACAGGACUUCAGUCGCAACGUCAGCACCAAGUCGGCGACAAUCUUCUAUGGCAACGCUUUCAUCGUCUCUGCACUGCCAAUAUGGCUCUUCUGGCGCAUUCACAACAUGGAUCUGUGGCCCAGCUCUAUUCUGUUCGUGCUGGUGACAGCUGCAAGCACCUACUUGAUGGCUACAGCCUACAAGAAUAUCAAGUUCCAGCUGAAGCACAAGAUUGCAGUGCGCCGCGAAGAGGCUGUUACACGCGAAGUGAACCGUCAGCUGGGCGACGACAAGAAGGUCACGCGCAAGGAGAAGGACGAACGCAUCCUGUGGAAGAAGAAUGAGGUUGCAGACUACGAGGCUACUACUUAUUCCAUUUUCUAUAACAAUGCCAUCUACUUGGCCAUCAUCAUCUUCAUCAGCUUCUUCCUGCUGAAGAAUGCCACACCAUUUGUGAACUACAUUUUCUCCAUUGGCGUCGCGAGUGGUGUCCUGGCGUUGUUCUCCACCAGCGCCCAAACGAACUGAACAACAUACACUUUCACGUACUCGUAAUGUUAGGCCCAUUAAGAGAUUCUUACCUUAAAUAUGCGAGCAACAAAUUCCAUUCAUCCCUCGCAUUGUUGACUUGAUUGUAAACAUUUUAGCUAUUUCGAGAAUAUAAAUUUUAUAAUGAAAUGUUGUCUUUCUUGUAGAAAGCUUUAUGAACACUUCCAUUUGCAAAAUGUUUAAAAUAAAUUUGUAAAACUCCAAACAUCAAA